CUUCUAGAGACUAUAAUGGCUUCUGGUUUAUGGAAAACUCUAUUGAUGGUGAUAGUUGUGUGUUUGGCUGAGGGUGGGCGUGGCGAUUUGAGCGAAUCAGCAUGUUUAAAAGUUCCGGUCUCGGAAUUUUCUGAGACGGUGAAGUCCACCGUUGGUGUAGUGCAGAAGGUGGUCUCCAUCGUGUCCAUGUUUGCCGGAAAAGUGGGUGAUUUCCGGCUUAGCAAUGCCAUCUCCGAUUGCCUCGAACUCAUGGACGUGUCCAUGGACCAGUUGAGCUCUGCCCUAUCUGCUUCGCUUAAUACAUAUGGGAAGAGUAACGACACCGGAAAUGUGAUUGACGACGUGAAGACGUUACUAAGCGGAGCAUUGACGAAUCAAGACACUUGCAUAGAAGGAUUUGACGGCACAAACGGCGUCGUAAAAAGCUUGGUUUCCGGCAGCUUAGACCACGUCACCUCAUUAGUCCUCGACCUUCUCUCCAUGGUCAAGUCCAAUUCCGGCGGCGGCGGUAGAAGGUUGACGAGCAGCGAUCAAUUUCCACGCUGGAUCAAAUCGCGUGACCGGAAACUCCUCCAAUCCGCCAGCAGCGCCACUGCGGACGCGGUGGUCGCUGCAGACGGGACCGGGAACUUCAGCAGCGUCGCGGAAGCGGUCCGCGCAGCGCCAGAGUAUAGCACCAGGAAAUACGUUAUAUACGUCAAACGAGGUGUGUACGAGGAGUAUGUGGAGAUCGGGAAGAAGAAAUGGAACAUAAUGAUGAUCGGCGACGGCGUCGAUGCGACGAUUAUUUCUGGUAAUCGCAGCUGUGUUGAUGGCUGGACUGCUUACGACUCUGCUACAUUUGCCGCAAAUGGGCAAGGAUUCUUAGCCCGUGACAUAACAUUCGAGAACACAGCCGGCCCGCGAAAGCACCAAGCGGUGGCGUAUCGAUCCGAUUCCAACCUCUCGGUGCUAUACCGCUGCAAUGUCAGAGGAUAUCAGGAUACAUUAUACGCUCAUUCAAUGCGCCAAUUCUACCGCGAAUGCAAGAUCAGCGGCACGGUCGACUUCAUAUUCGGCAACGGGGAGGCCGUCUUCCAGAACUGCGAGAUCAUGGCCCGGAACGGCCUUCCCAAUCAGAAGAACACUAUCACCGCACAUGGCCGGCGGAAUUCCAGCGAAGAAACGGGCUUCUCGAUCCAGUUCUGCAACAUUUCAGCCGAGCGCGAGGUUACGAUUCCAACGUACCUUGGGAGGCCGUGGAAAUCGCAUUCUCGGACAGUGGUGAUGCAGUCGUACAUCAGCAGCGCAGUUAGGCCCGAAGGGUGGUUGGAGUGGAACGGCAGUUUCGCGCUGGAUACUCUGUUUUAUGCAGAGUACAUGAAUUACGGGCCGGGGGCGGGAACAGAGGCCCGUGUUAAGUGGCCCGGUUAUCGGGUUUUGAACGGUAAGGAUGAGGCGAAGAGAUACACGGUGGCCGAGUUUAUUGCGGGAAAUACAUGGCUGCCUGCGACGGGGGUUAAGUAUAAUGCUGGAUUGACUAAUUGAAUAUUUUAAGAAAAAUUAUCAUUUUUUUUUAUUAAUUCACUUUUUAUUAAUUGAUUUGAGUCUUAUCUAUUGUUAUAGUAAUAACAUGGAGUAUUUCGUUUUG